AUGGCUCCCAAGCAACGCGUUGUCGUGCAAUCCCGGCCGGCAAAGAAGCGCCAGCCGGAGCAAGUCGGCUAUCUCACUGCCGCAUAUCGCGGUAUCACAUCUUCUGAGAACGCUUCUGUUGUGAGAAGUGUUGUUGUAUUCGGGGCGGCCGUUGCUUUCUUGCAUAGCAGUCUUAGUGAGAUGCUUAUUCCUCAGUAA